ACGAUAAAGUUACCAUACAGAUAGAGUGGUAGAAAUCACGUGAAUAAUGGUUACAACAGGAGUAACCCUCGAGGACAUAUACAAGCUGAUCAAGGAGGGUAAUCAAGAACUCAAGGGACAAAUUAAUAGCUUGAGCGAGACUGUUAAUGAAGCCAAAAAAGAAAUAAACAACAUCAAUAAUAAGUAUAGAGAUAUCGAGAAGGAAAACUCAUUAUUGAAAAGCAAAAUCCUUAAUCUAGAGAAUAAGCUGAAAAAAUAUAACAUAGUUAUCUAUGGUGAUAAGGGGCCUAUGGAAGAUACUUUAAGCACUAUCGAAGGAAAAUUAGAAUUUCAAACUUCCCCAAGUGCCCUAGGCCACUUGUCGUCGAAUUCGUUAAUUACAACGUAAAACAAAAAGUUUUGGAGAAGGCAAGAAAACUUCCUAAAGGUGUUGACCUGUGUGUCGAUAACUAUUACACUCCAGAAGAAUACGCCAACAGAAAAUUACUUCAUCAGCACCUGAAGAAAGCCCGAGAAGCAUCUAAUUCUGCGUUUAUUAAAAACAAUAUUCUUUAUGUCAAUGGCGAAGCAUUUUCCUGGGAAAAGCUACAGAAUGACGAUAUUGACGACCAUCAGGAUGAAGGAAUCAUUGAGACAGUUAUCUCUAAGCAGGAUAAAAAUACCGAAGAACAACUGAUCCCUCAAGAUACGAAAAGAGGAUAAAAUAGACUGCAAUAUGAACCAAGCAGGGUCAACAAGUUAGUUCCAGCAUGAGUUUAAAGUAGU